AGACCUCGUCUCUCUCUCUCUCUCUCUCUCUCUCUCUAUCUCUCUCUCUCUGUCAGUGUGAUGUUUGUAUCCUCUGGAUAACGGAAUAAAAUCAGCGCAGCUGCAGCAGGAUGUGUGGAAUGACGGUGCUUUUAGAUGAUGGUGGAGGUGAUGAAGACUUUGAUGUGGGUGACGGGAUCCGGAUGCUACCGCCUCCUCCGGCUCAGUGUGACGGCGGGGUCUGGGGGGCCCGGCGGGGCCACUGCGGGUGUGUGCUGUGGACACUGCUGCUGCUGCUGUGGAACGUCCUGCUGCUGCUGGGGUGCGUGGUGCUGAUGGUCCUGAUCUUCAGCCUCAUUCUGCUGCCCGCCGCCCUGCUGCUGUACGCCGGCUUCCUGUGCCAUUCACGGGUUGUGGCUUCUCAGGCUGCUCUUUGCCAUUACCUUGAUGACAACAGUUGCUCUGCCCUCAUCAUCCUGGGCUUUGUCAUGAUGUCUCCGCUGGUUGUGGUUGCUGCCGCGACAUUCUGCGCUAUUCUCAGGCGGCUCCACCUUCUCUUAUAUUUUCAGCCAAUCACAGUAGCUCGGUACCAAGGGCGGGGCUUGGGCUGGAAGCGGGACAUCCAUGUCUGGGUUUGACUGACAGACACACCCUCCAUUCUCAGGUCAGCAUCCAAGGUGACCUCUAGCAGCAUUUAUAGUGUAAAGGUCAAAGGGUGAGUGAUGUCACAGGACAGCGAAGGCGUUACCGUAACUCUAUAGAAACACAAUCAUGUAAUGUGUAACACAAUGUAUAUAAUAUAUCCCUGAAUGACCAAAAUGUAACUCUGGAAAUGUUUUUAAGAGAAUCCUGUUUCAGCCAAUUCAGUCUUUUCACAGUGUUACUGUAUAUUUAAAUUAUAAAUGUGUUACCAUAUUAGAUUAUAUGACUACUUUAUUUCCACACAGGCUAGAUUUGUUAAAUCUGUUUGACAACAACAAUCUCUUUGUUCUGAAGAAAUCCAAGCUGUAACAGACUUCUAUGUAACGCGAUUUGAGUGUUACCAAACUGACGUUUCAGUGGUUAAUGAAUAAGUGUAGUAGUUUAGAGAUGUGUUUACCCGCUCAUCUCGAUGUUUAUAUUAGUUGGUCAGCUGUGUGAUUCAGAUGUGCAGAAAUGUGAAUAAACCGACUAAAAACAAAUCUGUGGUUGGACUUCA